AACAGUUCACACUUUGGGGCUUUGAUUCCAAACUAUAAAUCUAGAACACUCUCUCUCUCUCUCUCGGAGAACCGACCAAGAGGGUCUGUCCAACCUCUUCUCACCUUCCAAUACCUUUAAGCUCAAGUAUAGACUCUUCUCUUACUGUACCAUCAAAUUAAGGCUAAGCUUCUCUUCCAUAUUUUCAGAGUGGAGACCCAUCCAUGGGAGAAAAAGGAGAAGCCCCAGAAAUGUUUCCAACCCACAACCCUCCAUACCUCUUCACAACCUCACUUCCAUCAUCCUCAUUAAACCCUUCUUCCCUACAAGACCAACCUCAUCAACUUCCACAACAAAUAGUUCCAGACAUUGAUUGGAUUAGCCUCUUCUCCAAUCCUAUUCAAUUUGGAGAUCAACAAACACCACUAAUGCUCUCUUCAAGUGCCUCUGCAUCUGUUGAUGUUCAAGGUGAAGAAGAGAUCAUGAAAGGAUGUAAGGAUAAGGGAAAGUUGAGCAGGACUAAGAAGGCGAAUCCUCCGAGGUUCGCCUUCCAGACCAAGAGUGCCGAUGACAUUCUUGAUGAUGGGUAUCGGUGGAGGAAAUAUGGGCAGAAAGCUGUGAAGAAUAGCAACUAUCCCAGAAGCUACUACCGGUGCACACAUCAUACAUGCAAUGUGAAGAAGCAGGUUCAAAGGCUAUCAAAGGACACAAGCAUUGUUGUGACAACAUAUGAAGGCAUUCACAAUCACCCAUGUGAGAAACUAAUGGAGACCUUGAGCCCUCUUCUGAAGCAGAUGCAAUUCCUCACAAGAUUUUGAGCCAAACUAGGAAAAAAAAAGAUGCUUAUAUUAUUGACACCACAUGAAGAUUUGACUAUUAGUACUCUUUGUAAUUGUAGAACAAAUAGGAACAAACACUUACU